CAGACUCCUGCGCUCCAGACCAGUGCCACGCGGGGCAGCCUGGCAGCAGGUCCCCGCUGAAGGCGAUGCUUAUAGGGAUCCUAGCUCCCGUGCUGGGAAGGAGGGAGUAGUACCUAGCAAGAAAGCGAGGAGGCUGCUGGUUAGAGCCUCCAGUGACUAACUGCUGCGGGAGGACGGGAGGACGCCGCCUUUACUCCACUGGACACCUGCUGCAGAAGUCUCGCCACCAUGAUCCGCAUAGUCUCGCUGCUGCUGGGAGCUGCGCUGCUCUGUGGCCACGGAGCCUUUGCCCGACGGGUGGUCAGCGGUCAAAAGGUGUGUUUCGCUGAUGUGAAACAUCCCUGCUACAAAAUGGCCUACUUCCAUGAACUGUCUAGCCGAGUGAGCUUCCAGGAAGCGCGCCUGGCUUGUGAAAGUGAAGGAGGUGUCCUUCUCAGUCUUGAGAACGAGGCUGAACAAAAGUUAAUAGAGAGCAUGUUGCAGAACCUGACGAAACCUGGAACUGGGAUUUCAGAUGGUGACUUCUGGAUCGGACUUUUGAGAAGUGGAGAUGGCCAAAAUUCUGGUGCCUGCCCAGAUCUCUAUCAGUGGUCUGAUGGAAGCAGCUCCCAGUUCAGGAACUGGUACACUGAUGAACCUUCAUGUGGAAGCGAAAAGUGUGUUGUAAUGUACCAUCAGCCAACGGCCAAUCCUGGUCUCGGAGGUCCCUACCUUUACCAGUGGAAUGACGACAGGUGCAACAUGAAGCACAAUUACAUCUGCAAGUACGAACCUGAGAUUCAGCCAACAGACCCUGUUGAAAAGCCGAAUCUUACUAAUCAACCUGAAGACAAGCAUGAGAAUGUGGUUGUUACUGAAGCAGGCAUAAUUCCCAAUCUAAUUUAUGUUAUCAUACCAACAAUUCCUCUGCUUUUACUGAUCCUUGUUGCUUUCGGAACCUGCUGUUUCCAGAUGUUGCAUAAAAGUAAAGGAAGAACAAAAACUAGCCCGAACCAGUCUACACUGUGGAUUUCCAAGAGCACGAGAAAAGAAAGUGGCAUGGAAGUCUAAUAACUAACUGACUUUGCUCCAGAAAAAAAGAUAGUUUUGUAAUUCCCGGUCAGUGUAAGGAAUGGCAUCAUUAGCUUGGAAUGGCUUGAAAUCUCAAAGGAUCUACAAGAUGAACUGUAAGCUCCCCCUUGAGGCUAAUGUCAAAAUAAUUUUUAUAUGUUCAUAGUUUAAUUUACAAAAUAUGCUGUGUUUAUCAUGGAGUAAGACCUGCUUACUCAGCUAAAAAAAUGCACCCAAACAUCAUGUAAUUGAAAUGGAUCAUGCAGAUAAAACUUCAGUGGACACAUCUGGAAUUCCUGGGUUGGAAGUAGUUCCUUUUGCUUUUCAUCACCUUCAUCAUUUUGAUCUACU